CAGGACACAAAUUAGAGAAAAAAAAGGAAAAGAAAGAAAUUUGAAGAAACAGCAAGGAAAUAGAAAGCUUUCCAAUUCUGAUGCUUCCCUUUCACUGUAUGUAAUGUGAAGCCAUACCUCUACCUCUGCUUCUCAUAUAUAUCAAUAUCAGUCAUCACCAAACACUGAUAACUCCAUUGCUUCUCUCUUUAUUAAACCCCACCACCAUCUCUCUCUCUCUUCUCAGAAUUCCAUGUGCCUCUCUCUACUCCUGUGCUCUCAAAUUCCCUUAAACUGCACAAAAAAACGAGUCUUUUGCCUCUUUUGCUUUUGCUAUCACAUUUGUUUUGUGUUGUUUUGUUUUGGGUUGUUCCAAAACAGGCAAGUGUGGCUUGAGAGAAGCUGAAACUACCAUUUUUUGGAGCUUUGGGAUUGUAUAGUGACAGCAUUUGACCGUUUGAGUAAAACCCGGAAAGGAAAGCUAAAACUGAAUCCUUGCAUAUUUGGAGAUUUUGGACAAUGGGGUUGAUUUAAAUGGAUUUGGGAGCCUGGGAAUGAGAUUUUGAGGUUCUUUUAAGAAGAGAUCUGGGGUUUGAGUUUUGUUCAUUUUUUUUUUUUUGAGGAGGGCCUUGUGGAGCAAGUGAUUUCAGAAGUGGUUCUGUGAACAGGCAACUUGGUAUCAGAAAAAAAUGGCAACUGAUCUUAACACAGGACUGUCCAAAAAGACAUUUGUUUUUGGUUUGAAAGUGUGGGUGUUAAUGGGGAUUAUCGUCGGGUUGUUUAUUGUAGUAAUCCUUGUGUUGCUAUCAUUUUGUCUGACUUCCCGAAAGAAAUCUAAAAGGGGUAAUGACAUGCUUCCCCUUAGCCAAAUUCCAGCUGUUUCAGAGGAAAUCAAAGAGAUUAAGGUUGAUCAAGCUUCAGCAAACCAUUAUUUUCCCCAAGAUGGUGCUUUUCUUACCCUCAGUGAUAAGUUCCCUGACAAAGAGUUGGAGAAGGUUUUGAUCCAUUCAAAGAAUGGAGAUAAUGGGAGUCAGUCAGGUUCAUUUAAUAAUGUUGAGCAUGAAGGUGCUGGUUCUCAGUCGGGAGAAGAGGGAGGUGCGGGAACACUUUCUGUGCACAGGCCUUCUUCACGCCCCAUAACUGCUCCUUCACCUUUGUCUGGUCUGCCUGAGUUCUCUCACCUUGGUUGGGGUCACUGGUUUACACUAAGGGACCUAGAUCGUGCAACAAACCGGUUUUCAAAGGAAAAUAUUAUCGGUGAGGGUGGGUAUGGAACUGUCUUUCGAGGUCAGUUGAUUAAUGGAUCUCCUGUGGCUGUUAAGAAGCUCUUCAACAAUCUAGGACAAGCUGAGAAGGAAUUUAGAGUGGAAGUUGAGGCUAUUGGUCAUGUUCGGCAUAAGAACCUAGUUCGUCUUUUGGGGUAUUGCGUUGAAGGAACCGAAAGAUUGUUGGUAUAUGAGUAUGUCAACAAUGGCAAUUUAGAGCAGUGGCUUCAUGGAGCUAUGCGUCAACAUGGAUUUCUUACUUGGGAAGCUCGGAUGAAAAUUCUCCUUGGCACUGCUAAGGCGCUGGCUUAUUUACAUGAGGCUAUUGAGCCUAAAGUAGUCCAUCGAGAUAUCAAAUCAAGCAAUAUAUUGAUUGAUGAUGACUUCAAUGCUAAGAUAUCUGAUUUUGGUCUGGCCAAAUUGCUGUGUGCUGGGACAAGUUAUAUUACAACUAGAAUUAUGGGUACCUUUGGUUAUGUUGCUCCAGAAUAUGCUAAUUCUGGCCUCCUAAAUGAGAAGAGUGAUGUCUAUAGUUUUGGGGUGGUGCUUCUGGAAGCAAUAACGGGAAGAGACCCCGUGGAUUAUGGCCGGCCCCAGCAUGAGGUAAAUCUAGUUGACUGGCUGAAGUUGAUGGUUGGAAGUAGGCGCUCGGAAGAGGUGGUAGAUCCAAACAUUGAGGCUAGACCAUCAACAAGUGCCCUUAAGCGAGCCCUUUUGACUGCUUUGAGAUGUGUUGAUCCAGAUGGUGACAAAAGACCGAAGAUGAGUCAAGUUGUUCGCAUGCUUGAAUCUGAGGAAUAUCCUAUACCCAGAGAGGAUCGAAGACGAAGGAGGAGUCAGGCAGGCAAUGCAGAGCAAGAUUCUCAGAGAGAGAAUUCUGAAAUGGAUAGGAAUGACAAUCCAGAUUUGAGAUCAAAUGGCAGAAGGAACCAUCGGGCAUAAACAAUUUGAUUAAGCCAAUCACAGAAUCUGAGAGAUAUUGGUUGCAUGUUGAAUCUUGUAUUCUUUGAAACUUAUAAAUUCUUAGGCCUGCCCUUGUUGAGAUCAAGGGAUGGAAACAUAAACUAGUGAUUGCGGCAUGGCUCAUAUUCCGUUUCUUUUUAAUACCUAGAUUUAGAUGUUGGGAAGAAGAUUAUUUUGUUUAUGAAAGUGGCAAAUGUAACAGGACACCCCCGCCACAGGUGGUGUGUACAGGUUUAUGAGUAUUUUUUAAAAAAAAAUUUCCUUUUUAUUCA